AUGCCAGAAGAUACUUCCAUUCUGAUCGACAUGAAGAAUCUUGACCUUACAGCCGACAUGGUGAUCCGUCCGAACAAAUCCAAACUCGAGAUCGACGCCAUUGACAGCAUCCAGUGCGGCAAGGAGGUAGCCAGACAUUUCGGCUUUGCAGAAGGAUAUCGAAAUCUCAAUCAUGGGUCUUUUGGUACUUAUCCUGCUGGUGUCAAAGCUGUUCAGCGCAAAUUCCAGGACGAUUGCGAGGCGAGACCGGACCAGUUCAUUCGGUACGAAUUCCCGAGACGCAACGAUGAGGCGAGAGGCGCUGUUGCUGGGAUUCUCGGGGUGGACAGCGAAGUAUCAUCACUCAUUGAGCGUGGUAAUAUCUGCUGACGAUAGAGCAUCAGACCUGUGUAUUCGUUCCGAACGCUACAACUGGCGUCAAUACCGUCUUGAGGAACAUUGUCUAUCAACCCGGAGAUGUCAUCAUUUACUUCGCCACGAUCUAUGGAGCUUGCCACAAGACCGUGGAGUACAUGACAGAGACCACACCAGCUGAAAGUCGAAGCGUCGAAUACAAGUAUCCAAUCUCCGAUGCAGAGCUCUGCAGCAGAUUCGAGGAAACUAUCAAGGCCAUCAAAACCCAAGGCAAGAAUCCGAAACUCGCCAUUUUCGAUAGCAUUGUUUCCCUCCCUGGAGUGCGCGCGCCCUUUGAAGAACUCACAAAGAUCUGUCGGGAGUAUAACACUCUUAGCUGUAUUGACGGGGCUCACGGAAUCGGCCACAUCCCUCUCAAUCUAAAAGAAGUGGAUCCGGACUUCUUCGUCUCAAACUGCCACAAAUGGCUCUACGUCCCUCGAGGCUGCGCAGUCUUCUACGUUCCCGUACGAAAUCAGCAUCUCAUCCGUUCAUCCCUACCCACAAGCCAUGGAUUCGUUCCGAGGGAGACCGAAGCAGCUUUCAAUCCGCUUCCCCCGAGCCAGAAGAGUGAAUUCGUGAAUCAGUUUGAGUUUGUCGGGACGCUGGACAAUUCGCCCUAUCUCUGCAUCCCGACGGCUCUGCAGUGGAGAGAGAAAGUCAGGUACGGGGAACUGAAAGGAGAAGAAGCGGUGAUGAAGUACUGCGUCGACGUCGCGAGGCAAGGAGGAGACAAGACCGCUCAAAUCCUGGGAACGGAAGUCCUGGAGAAUGCAGAAGGGACGCUGCGGAAUUGCGCUUUUGCCAAUGUUCGACUCCCUCUGUCCUAUUCCGACUUGGCGGGAGGAGAUAUGAAUACCGCGAUCUCCAUUGCUCAGUCAGUCACCACCAAACUCGCGAGUCCCAAAGAGAUGAUGGCUAACACUGCUUGUUUUUCAGAUGGAUGUCCAAGACCCUACUGGACGAGUAUAACACUUUCCUGGCGUUGUUGAUCCACGCAGAGAACUUCUACGUGAGGUUGAGUGGACAGAUCUACCUCACCGAAGAGGAUUUCGACUGGGCUGGAAAUGUUUUGAAGGAAGUCUGUGCCAGGGCUAAGAAGGGGGAGUGGAAGGAGGGAGAGAGAGCAUAA